CAAACAGCAAAAGUUUGGCUAGAAUCGUUGGUUAUGAACCGUUAGUCACCUCUGCCACUGAUCACAAACCCAACAAUGGUUUUUUCUGCCAUGUUUUCUCCCACUCUCAAUCUUGCCAUUUCUUCCACCACAUACUGCUGUAAAAGAAGACUAUCACCCACAAGAAGUGUUACAGUGAGAGCUAGCUCUACAGAGAAGGGUGAAUCCAAGGACAAAGAAGCCUCAGAAUUCAACCCUUUCGGGUUUGUCACUGACAACCCUUCAAGCCGCAGUGCUAUUCAAUUGCCUGAGAACCCUGCUGAGGAUGGCAACGUUGGCCAAAUGCUUUAUAGGACAGAAGACAAGGGCAAGGAAUACGGGUCAUACGUUAAAUCUGGCAAGUUAAGAUGGUUUGUGAGAGAAACUGGGUCAGCAAGUAGCAGAAGAGGAACAAUUGUCUUCCUUCAUGGUGCUCCUACGCAAUCUUUUAGCUACCGAGUUGUUAUGUCUCAGUUGUCAGAUUCAGGGUUCCAUUGCUUUGCACCAGACUGGAUAGGAUUUGGUUUCAGUGACAAACCACAGCCAGGAUAUGGUUUUGAUUACACAGAAAAGGAGUUCCACGAUGCAUGGAUAAACUGCUUGAGGUGUUAGAGGGUCAAAUCCCCCUUUUUCCUAGUUGUUCAGGGAUUUCUUGUAGGUUCGUAUGGACUAACUUGGGCCCUGAAGAACUCAAGCAAGAUAUCGAAGCUAGCAAUACUGAACAGUCCAUUAACAGAUUCAUCUUCCGUUCCUGGACUUUUUCAGAAGCUAAGGUUUACUUCUUACUGUACCAGUGAAUGCAUAACUAAACUUCUCGGCUAAAUCUAUGCAAUAGUUCUGUAGACUUAUCUCUCCGAUUUUCAUCAGCUCUUUAAGGCUAUGGAGCAACUGUCCUUCACGUUCAAACAUAUUGUAAAGGACAAACUACUAGAAAAUCUUAACAUUGCUUUAGUAACUGAAUAUUUCUCAACUAUAGAACACCUUAUUCCUAUUCUUAUCA